AUGCUGGGGCGGCACCGCGCGGGCGCCUCCCCCCGCGGCAGUGGGGGCAGCCCGGCCGGCACGCCGCCGCGCGGACCCGGGCCUGUGCCGCACGGGGCCCUCCUGCGGCCGUCGAGGUCGGGCGGCGCGCUUGGCGGGAAGGGCUCGCCGGUGGGGCGGACGACGCCCGGCCAGGUGGGGGGCCGAUCGGCCUCGCCGGCGACGGCGCUGGGCAGACGGAGUCCCGUGGCCGCCGCGGAGAGCUCUGGGGACAUCGCGAAGAGGUCUGAGGUCGACUCGGUGUCGCUCGUGUGGUCGCUCGCUGCCGAGCUGCCGGCCAGCUCCAUUCUGGGCCACGGCCCGGGCGCCGUGAACUCCUCCGCAGCGUGCCAGCUGGGCGUGCCGUUGCCGGGGCGAGGAUCGGAGAUCCCCGUGACGAACUUCUCCACCUCGGGAAGGUGCUUGAAAGCCCUUUGA